AUGAUUGCUCGAAAAUAUUUAUAGACUUUAUUCACAAUAGCAGAAAAGGCUUAAGAACCUAAAAAGUCAAGAUUGCUUCCAGUUUUCUAAGUGCAAAUAAGAGUACAAGCAGUUUAUGAUGUAGCUUCAUUAAUAUUUGUGCAUCCUGCUCUAUAUCCUUAAGACUUUAGUUAGGUACCUUUAUAUGAGUCCUCAUCUACACCAUAAACAAAAAAUUGUUUUGUUGAAUUCCAAAUAUAUAUCUAUUUUAGAGUAUUUUCAUUUUCCUUUUAAGUUUGA